AGUCGGGCAUAAAUGUUACACGGAGCACAUCCUCCACGCGUGUUUGACUUAUAAGUAGUUAUUGCCGAUGUUUACCGUGAGUCUUUGAUUUAGCACUAAUGCUAAUGGACUUAAUAUCACGAAUAAACAUGUCAUAGAGUUUUGUUUCACGUGGAGACGGAAGUGUUUUCUCUUGACCAGCGGACAUUACUGCAGAAAAAAGCAAUGGAGAGUUUGGAGGAGAAGCUCAAAGGUCUGUCCAUCGCUCGGCGCUGUCGUCCAGAAGAGGCCACCUACCUGCUGCACGUGGCCCUGCAGCCGCCCGGUCUGCUGGCAGUGACCUGCUCCAACUUCACGCUCCACCUGCACAACAAGGACACUCUGAAGCUGGUGGCGGAGUAUCGCGGUCACACCAAGCCGCUGUGUGGGGUCACUUUUCCCCGCAGCUCUCCCGACCUGCUCUACUCCGCCUCUGCUGACGGCACAGUGCGGGGCUGGGACGUCCGCCGCCCCGGGUCACAGGCGGUCCAGAUGUUUAAGAGCGACCCGGCGCACAGCUACUGCAGCUUCGACCUGAGCUGCAGCGACACGCUCCUGUGUGCCGGCACGGAGCAGGUGAACGGCGAGGACAGCUUCCUGGUUUUCUGGGACACCAGGAAGCCAGAUAGGGGCGGGCUGCUGGGCGUGUACUCCGAGUCGCACAGCGAUGACAUCACACAGGUGUGCUUCCACCCUCGUGACAAAGACCGCCUGGCGUCGGGCUCCACAGACGGCCUUGUUAAUGUUUUCGACCUGAGCCGGGGAGCGGAGGAGGAGUCGCUGCUCGCCACCUGUAACAGCGACUCGUCGGCCGGCUCCGUCUGCUGGUCCGGACAGGAUUACACUCAGCUGCUGUGCCUCAGCCACGACGAGGGGCUGCACCUGUGGGACCUGAGCCAGCUGGACACGGACGAGCCGCUCACCGUCUUCAGCACCGAGGACGCUCGCGGCCUGACGCCGCUGCCCGGCGGAGUGGGCGUGGAUUACGUGGUCGGAGGGACGUGGCUGGAGGAGGCGCAGAAGCUGCUGGUGGUGGCGGGGAUGAACAGCGGCGAUCUGCACCUGAUGGAGUGUGACGACAAGGGGCUGCGGCUGCUCACAAGCCUGAAGGGCGGCCACGCCUCCACGGUGCGCUGCUUCCUGUGGGACGCGGCGGGGGAGGCGCUGGUGACGGGGGGUGAGGACGCACAGCUGUUGCUGUGGAAACCAGGAGGGGCGGAGCUGACGGCGGGAAAACGGGAGUCCAUGAAGAGCCAAUCGGCUUUGAGAUUCCAAACCAGGCCGCAUAAAAAACAUGGCUUCCAGAAGAAGAAGUAGGCAAAGACCUGACGGCAGCUUUCAGAAGAGAAAUGACUGUCACUGGACAACUAACGUGGACUUAUAACAAGAAUCUAGUGUAGUUUUGGAGUGAGUUUUAUCCAGUGUCUCUCCGGAGUCAAACAGGAAGUACUGAACCAUUCUGUGAACAAGUCUUUUUAAACAGACUGAUACGAAAUCAUGGAACACAACGUGACUGAUACUAAACUCGAGUCGAGUCGAGUAGAGCUGUAUAAUAGAAAUGUCUUAUUUUGUCAAUUCGACCAGUAGCUCCUCGAGCUAAAAUCACUGAUUGUCUCUAUGGGCUUUGGUGUGGGAGAGUGAGUGGUUUACAAACUUCAAUUUCCUGUUGGAAAAGUCUGUCUCAUAGUGAGAUAAAGACGUGAACAGGUUCUGAAGACCAAUAUAGAUUUUAUCAGGUGAGUCUUUUGUCAGUACCUCAUAUCGCCACAUUUCAAAAAUCAUGAACUGUCUCAUGAACUCUACUAACAGCUAGAAAACAACAAAAGAUUGUUUUAAAUGAUGAUUUAGGGUGAAAAAAAAUUGGACUUUAUUGAAAAUGUUGCCAAAUGUGCAUGGAUGUAUGUUUGUAAAGUUAGUACAAACAAAAAUACAAAGAAUGGUUUACACACUGCCGUAAAGCUUGAUUGUUUUCCACUUUUUAAUUCUAAUUUAUUGAUGAAAAGUCAAAAUUCACAGCAUUUUCAUCUGUGUUUUAAAUAAAUGCUUUCAUUUUA